UGUUGUUACAAAAUUAAUUUAACUUUCGCCUGUGUUACAUCGACGCGUAUAUAUUUGUUUGAAGACUUUUUGCAACGGUUUGGAGCUGAUUGCUAUAUAUAUUUGCUACAAAUAUAUUCGCAAUAUAUACUUGCUUAGAGACAAUAACAGCAACAACGUAAUUGAUUCUGGAAACUAUAGGAAGGUGUGUUUCAAGCACAAAAAUAAGCGAGGAUGGAAAAUUCGCAGGACUCAAGUUUCAAAGCGGAUCGCUACGAUUUCAGCGCAGAAAAUACUGCAUCACGCACACGCGACGACAUGUGUCCAAACAUUUCGUUUACCUCCGACACGUCGGCCGUGACAAGACGGAACGAAAGAGAAAGGAAUCGGGUUCGGCUUGUCAACGAGGGCUUCACAUGUUUACGACAAAAAAUUCCAUUUGCGCACGGAAAGAAACGGCUUUCGAAAGUCGAAACGCUCCGAUACGCCGUGGAUUAUAUAAAGCAUUUGCAAUGCGUCAUCAAAGAGCACGAUGAACGGUUCUCGGGCGAUGUUAUCGAAGGACAAGUAAGGAAAACAAUGCUUCGCUUACAGGGAAAAGAUGAUCGCGUCUCCAGCGAUGUUAACGAACGGACGGGAAGAAAGACCAUGUUGAGAUUAAUGUCCACGCGUGCGCAGAAUAGAUGGAAAAAGUUGAUGGAGAACAGUAGAAAGAUUAAAUCUGCGCACGUUCAGCCAACGUUGCGUCAUCGUAUUCGCGAAGAAGACAAGAGGGAUGGAGUAAUAGAAUAA